UUUUGAGUGAUUAGUGUCCACAUUGGGUUAUUAUGAAAUUUGAUACACUUACACUCCCAACAAGAUGAAAUAUAAUAUGAAUCACUUUUGUAAUUAGACCAUAACACCUUAACUCUUCAUCUAGUGACAUCAAUUCAAAAUUUCAACUUGUUUGGUUUUGGUUUUUGACUAAAUAUCCUAAAAUUAAUGACUAUUCCAUCAGACAGCUGUACUUUGUGUUUUGUGCUAAUUAGCACACUAACAUGCUAAACUAAGAUGGUGAACAUGGUAAACAUUAUACCUGCUUCAACAUCACCACAUCAGCUUUAUCUUUGUGUGCAUGUUAACAUGCUGACAUUCAUAAGUCCUGGCAUUUACCUCAAAGCACAACUGUUCCCAAUGUACAGCCUUACAGGGGGACUAGCAUGGCCUUAGGCUCACUUUUUUUAAAAAAAAAAAGGUUUAAAUAUAUUAUUAAGACAAAGAACACAAAAGAACAAAAGCAAAAACAUACAUGUGAAAAUAUGCUCUUUCAUUUUCAAAUUAUUUUUGUAGAUAUUAAAAAUAUAUCUAAUGCUUUUUAUACACUAUAGAGAUACUGUAUAAUAAUACAUAUAUUUACAUGAAUCAACCACCUGCAAAGCACAAAUACUGAAGUAAAAUUAACAAAAACAGGAACAAAAAAAUAAAAUAAAUAAUAUAUUUCUCCUGUUUAAUUUAAGUUAAAGCCUGCAUUUCUUUUGUUGUGUUGUAGUUAUUAGAAUUCCUUGAGCAAAUAUUAUCACUUUACAUGCACUAUAGUCCAAAAUGACUUACAUUUUAACAUAAUUCCUUAUGUCAGUUGCAGCACUGGUAUAGAUUAAAUCAUCCGAUCUGUGUGCAUGAAAGAAUUUCACAGGUUGUUCUUUUACUUUGAAAGAUUAUUAUUCAUAUUAAUCAUCUUGACCUUUGACAUGUUCCUGCCCUGUUUCUCAGCUUUCGUCUACCCAUUUUAUUUACAUUCAUAAAUGUUUGACUAGACUCACGCAAUAUGCAAUAAAUCUGACUAACCAGCCAACCCCGCAGCAAUAUCACUGAAGAAAGAAACCUGUUAGACAAGUUCUCUGAGGCACGGAGACUGAAUGACAAGACGUCACACACACGUCUUUAAACAUUUCUGAGACCUGGGUGCACUGUACGGUCAACAUUCAAAGGACUCUACAUGUGCAAGCAGAAUCACAAUGGAAUUUGCUUGUGGGUUUGUUUAUGUGACGCCACCAGUGAGUCAACGGGACGGCCAACGAUCCGGUGCCAAUGUCAUUAAACGCUCAGCUCUCCUCCCUCCUGUUAACCGAGUUCGUCCCAGCAUCCCUCCUCCUCCUCCUCCAACAAAUCCUGCAGAGGCCAAACCACCAAAAUUCCCCAGAUCACCAAAGAUCUUUGAACAGCUGGAAAAGAGCAAAGUGAAGAAGGUUGUGAAGCCCAGUCCCUUCUAUGAAAAUGCAGAAUUUCACAAUAAACAGGGGACGGCUUCUUCCACCAGCACAAUAGCUGAACAGACAACAUCUCCUCGAAGGACAGCUCUUCUUCCACCACACAUGAGACCUGCAGCAAGCAGCCAGUCUGAUCCUUACAGCCAGCCACUCAACAGCAGCCAGACAUUUACCUAUGACCUGCCAAAAAGUGAGCCAGAUUUAAAUGCCCAUCCCUGGGACCCCAACUACUCAUACAGUACACCAGAAGGCACUGGGGGUGAGGUGACACUGCCAGCUGAUUCUACCAAUGUGCUGGGCCAAACAUCAGCCCCGGCCCUCCCUCCAAGACCUUCAUUCAUGAAGUCAAUGCCAGAGUAUGUGGUGCUGUUACCCUCAUCCCAAUCACCUCCUUCAUCCUCUCAAAAAUUACCUUCAACCUCAUCACCUUCCCAGUCAUCUGCUGGUAAAGGAUCAGCAGAUAAGGAGCCUCUUCCAGGGAAUCCUAACGUGGUCCUUGUAAAUUUAGGGAAAUUACUCUCAGAGGAAAGAGUGCAGUCCAUACAAGGUGAACCCACCUCCUGUUCCCAGUGUGGCUCUGUGCUGGAGUCCUGUUAUGACAAUGUGGUUAAUGUGUGUCGCUUCUGUCAGUCCUGGGAGUCGAGCAGCUCUGCCAAUUUACCACCCAGUGUUCUCUAUGUGCUCAACCCUGAUGAAAAGCCCCUGCAUGCUGCUGACGCUCUGCUGCUCUUCUGCAUUGACAUCUCAGGCUCCAUGAGCAUCACCUCCCAGGUGUCAGAGGGAGAGCAUUUUGUCCACAGAUCCCGUCUUCAGUUUGUCCAGGAAGCUGUGCUGCAGUGUGUUCAGAGACUAAGUGAACAGCAACCAGAAAUUAGAGUGGGGCUUAUCACCUUCAACUAUCAGGUUGCAAUGUAUGGAUAUGAGAAUUUUCCUACAUGUUUCCUGAGUGGUGCUGAGUUGACUGACAGCAACUAUUUAAAAGAGGCAGCAGCCUGUUUCCCCAGUCCACCUCCGCUAUCUCAGACCAAGGAUUUCUUACAGAGACAAGUUAUGGGAUUAUCAGAAGGUGGAACCACAGCUCUGGGUCCAGCUGCUCUCCUGGCAAUUGCAAUGGCCUCUAGACAGCCAGGAUCCAAAGUGAUUAUCUGUACAGAUGGGAAGGCCAACACAGAGUUAGGAAACCUGGAGGUGGAGGAUAAUGAUGCUCGCACCCUCCUUUCAUCCACCAUCUUCUACCAGGAGCUGGGGGAGUAUGCUGCUAAUCAGGGUGUGACCGUGUCUGUGCUGUCCAUAGAGGGAACAGACUGCAGGCUGGAUGAGCUGGGAAGACUCGCCGAUCGAACCGGAGGGAAAGUGGUAAUAACAAGCCCGAACAGGCUGCACCCAGAGUUUGAACAGAUCAUUGAGAACAGGACCAUAGCUACACACUGCACUGUUACAUUACUGCUGCCCAAAACGCUGCAAAUGAGAGGAGAGAGAGAGGCUGGACACAAAGGGACCAGAGAGGUGGGGAAUGUGAACCCAGAUAAAGAGAUCACCUUCCAGUUUGGAGCCAAUGAACAUGACACAGAAGUGUUGAUGCCAGCCUCUGGUAGCCGUGUGUCCAUCCAGCUGCAGAUCAGGUACAGACAGAGGAACGGACAGAUGAUGCUCAGGGUGAUAACUUCAGACCGAGAAGUUACUGAUGACAGCUCGGCGGCCCUGUCCUCUCUGUCUCUGGCCAUCAUUCAACUCAACUCAUCCCAGGCCAGCGCCGCUCUGGCUGUCAGAGGACGCUUCCUUGAUGCCAGGAGGGAAGGAGAGCUGCAGAGGAAGCUGAUCGAGAGAGCAAUUGAACAUAAUCACAGUGCACAGGACAAACAGACAUAUAAAGAAUGGGUUGAAACCAUGAAGCCCAUAUACAACAACAUUCAUAACUUGACACGGAGAAAAUCUGUCAUUUCAGACUCACAGUCUCUAACAGAUGCUGGUGCAGUGCUGCUCUACACCAUGAAGCACAGCAACAGGAAGUCCAUCUCACUGAAGAAUAAACACAGACUCUAGCCAACUGUCAGCCUCCACUUUUUACCUCAUUGGAAGAAACUCAAAGUCAUGAAUGACAAGGAUAAAUACUGCAGUUUGACUUUGAUUAACUGGCAGAAUAGAUCAAAUAUUUCACAAUUUAAAUAACUUAUUAUUUAACUGUAAACUUGGUCAUCUGUGUCAUAAAGAAACUUAUUUCCCAGUAA